AUUUUAUUUAUGUGACAAUGACAUGCCAAAAGAAAAACAUAAAAAAUCGAAUAUUUGAGAAGCAUGGUUACAGAUGCUCUAAGGAUAUUUGUAGCAAAGAGUCAAAUAGGCCAAAAUAUGAACAUAACAUCAUUUUUAUAUUAGUAUAUCUGUAUAUAUUAUGGAAUACUUCCUUAAUUAUGAUAAACUAGUCAAAGUUUUUUUCACUCACGAACCGUAUGUCGAUGCUUUUACAAGAAAUCGACUUUUUUUAUAGUACAUUUUUUUAAAAAACUAAAUCAUAGCAAAUUUUUACAAAAUAUGAAAAGAAAUUAUUAAACUGAGUUUCUUUUGUAAUUUUUGGUAAUUUGGGGGAAAUAGAGAAGUACAAUAAUAGGAGAUUAAAAAAUUUUAAAAUCAUACUCUUUAUCUCUCAAAACGUAUGUGCAUUUACAUCUACCAAUAGUUGUAAGAAAAUAAAGGAACGAAAUUUGUUAUGUUAUAAUUGUAGUAAAACGUGAAGAUAAACAAAAGGAUAAAUUAAGUGUCGCCAUCGUCGCAGCCAGUUCAAGGCCAUCAUCGCCGAUGCUGCCAACCAAGGCAACAAAUGUCGUCGUCUAGGUGCACCACUGUCAUCUAAGUUCUUCGUCUUCAUAGUACUCUUCUUCUCAUGUCUUCUUCUCGUUAAUUGAUCGUUGACUCUUUGUGACGGUGAGGGUCGAGGUUAUUGAAAAACUUCGGCUUCAAAUUCAAUCGGGAAAGCAGUUAAAUAAAUUAUUGAAAAACACAGCGUUUAGUGUCACACAUCUUGUUUUUCUUUCCUGUAGUUUUUAAGAGUGAGAUUCAUAUUGGGGGUGUUUCGCAAAUAGCCGUUGGCUGUUAGCUGUUGGUUGAUUAUAUUGUGUUAGCUGAUUGAUGAUAGCGAAUUAUGUUAACUGUUUUAAUUAGCUGAUACAGUUAGCAGUUUGUAAAAUGAUGUUUGGUUAAAUGAUUGUUUUACAUGAACAUGUGAAAUGACUUUUAUAGACAUCAAUUAAUUUUUUACUAAUAUAAUUAAGGAAAAAUUGAAAAUAAUAAUCCCAACUAUUUCCGGUCCGCUGAAAAUAAUCCCAACUAUUGAUUAUUUUUGUAUAAUCCCAACUAUAUAGACUAUCCGCCAAUAAUGGUCCAUGACCAUAAAUUACCUCUAUAAAAAGUGAAUUUUAAAUAGAAAUUAAGCGUAAAAAUUAAAAGUUGAGAUUAUUUAUAAGGAUUAUUUGUUAUUUCUCACCCCAUCCACUUUAGAAACUACAAGAAUUUAUUCAUCGGGACCAUUAUUGGCGGAAGGUCCCUGUUGGGAUAUAUUAUCCCGGCCUAUUACUGUUCAGGAGCCCAAGACAUUAUCCAGUACGGAGCCCGAGCAACUAGGUCCAUUUCGGCCCAUUCUGGCCCACUUUGGCCAUUAGGCCCGACAUCGGCCCGUUUGGCCCAUUAGGGUGGAGAGCACCCUUUCCCCUUUUGUCUAUAAAUAGGGAGCUUAGCCUCCAUGUAAAGGAUCCCUUUUCUUCUUCCUCCUUCUCACUAGAAUAGCUUAGAACCCCAUUAAUGGGAGCUUCAAUACUUGUACUAUGUAAUGGUGAAGAGAGACUAAUGAAAAUGAGAGGGCUUGGACAUUAGCCUAAAAAGUCCCGUGGUUUUCUCCCUUUUGGGUUUCCUGUUUCCACGUAAAAACUGAGUGUUCAUACAUAUAUUUAGUAUAUCGUGUUGGAUUAACUCAACACUGGCGCCGUCUGUGGGAAUCUGUCCAAAAAGAUUCAUGUGUUCUACACAAAUUUCAUACGAAAAAACUAUUGAUUUCAGCAAAAAAGAAGAAGGAUUCUGGGUUUUUGGAUCUGGGAGAAAUCCGGAUAUAAGACAGGGGUGUCCGGCAGCACCAGUCAUGGCAGUCCAACUAACCAGGUUCUCCGUCGGAAGAGACUGUUCGAGUUCGCCGCCGUGGCUACGCCGGACCUCGCUGCCACUGCUACUGCGGACCUCGCUGCAACCAGAGCACUAGAGGCGCCUAAUCUGGCGGACCUCACGAGCCUAGCUCCUGAGCCCAUCUACAAGAAAAGCAAGCGUCGAGGAGCUCCAGUCCUAGAACCUGCCAGAUCUCGGAGGGGGGUGUUACCGCCGGCGUGCGACGGCUGAAGCUUCACCCCGCCAACCGGUGAACCAUGUCCUCACCUCCGUCCCAGCUCGACCUCCAGCCAGGUGCCUGUACCUCCGUCAUCUGGCCUUGGGUGGGUGAGCCGGUGCUUCAGCUGGCUUCUCGGAUGAUACGGAGUACUGAUAGUGCUUGAAGGCCUUGGUCCUCAGGAGGCCACGUGAAAGGAAGUGAAUGGUGGCUGAGGGAUAAGCUUUGGAGCAUUUUGACCAAGUCAAAUGGGGGAAUACCACCAUGCCGAGAUCCUCUUGGCUUGGACGUACGUAAACUUUGGGAUUUGAAAGUGGCUAAAUAAUUGGAGUCUUGGCUCUUGGGCAUAUCGUGGAGAGUUUUGACCGAGUCAAACAAAGGGGAAGCAAAAUAAUUUCAGAAAUUUCUAGCAGCCGAACCCCAUCCAAAGCUAAGUUUCUAACUUCUUCACCUUUUCAUUAAAGCAUGCGUCGUGAUUAUUAAAGAAGUAGAAAUAUUGCUACUAAUUUUUAUCACUAUUAUUUAUUAGAGAUUAAAACACCCGAAAUUAAAUAAUGAGAGCGAUGCUCUAAGUGAUAAUUAGUUUUACUAUCAUUUAAAUUAAAUGACUGCAUGUCGUGGGCCCAUCGGCCCGCUCCUGAUCGGCUUUAAUUAGCGGGCGGAGCAUACCGGAAUGGCCUUUGAUAGGGUAACAUCAUUGCUAUUGCCUAUGAUAUCCCUAUUAUUUAUUAGGGAUAAAAUGUCCGGAAUUAAAUAAUGUGGAGCGAAGUUCAUGUGAUGAUUGGUUCAUCCAACAUUUUAUUGAAUAUUUAAUAUCUUGAGGGCCCGAUGGCCCACUCUCGAUCAGCUUGACUAAGCGAUCCGAGCGUCUGCAGGGGGCAGUGCCCCGACGACACAUUUCUAUUUGGGGAUUACGCGUUAGUCCGCGCGGCACCAAGUGCCCGAUCGACGAUCGUAUCCUAGUAUCAUCUGUGCCACUAGGCGCAAAGUGACUAUUGCCAAACGCGGCCUGUGGGGCCCGAGGGCACCCAAGCACUCAACCUCGUUUGCCGAGGACAAUGCGUCCAACUUGGGUCUGAGUUUUCAAACUCACAGACCAGUGAUUAUCUCUAUGUGACGUUCGGCGAGCUGCCAAUCGGCCCCGCCGCGAGCCGCUACGUCCAUUAACCCCGCACGAUGAGCCGGGCCGAGGGUCACGACGACCCAUAGGCCGGUAAUCGUGGAUGUUAAAGAGGAAGCCAUGCAGAUGGUUAUGUGUGCAUAUUUAUUGUCGGCCCGUUACCAUGCUUAUUGCGCAGCUGAACCCGCUCGACGCGCCCGAGCGAAAUGAUUAAAAGACGCUCGGCCUAAGUCUCAAAGACGUUCAGGGCCAGCUAAAGUGGAGACCAUCACGGCUGAAGCCGAUGGACGAGCAUCUCCACCCAGAGGUCGAUGACCUAGAGGAGACCACCACAGUCGAGAACCGUGGGACGAGCAUCUCCACCCCAGAGACCGAUGGCCUAGGAAGAACACCUAGAGGCCGAGGGUCUAGAGGCGAAUGCCAUGACAGAGAACCGUGAGACGAUCAUCCAUCAUUCAGAGGCCGAAGGCCUAGAGGAGACCGUCACGGCCGAGGGCCAUCAUAUCACGACCGGCCUCUCGGCACGGCGUGAUUAUCAUAUUUGAAGACCGGCCUCGUCCCCGCGCUGCGCGGAUGAGGACCGUUGCUUGAUUUUAGGUCGGCCUCUCUUUGCCGACAUCAUUAUAUCACGACCGGCCUCUCGGCACGGCGUGACUAUCUUAUUUGAAGACCGGCCUCGUCCCCGCAUUGCGCGGGUGAGGACCGUUGCUUGGAUUUCAGGUCGGCCUCUCAUUGCUGACAUCAUUAUAUCACGACCGGCCUCUCGGCACGGCGUGCUUAUCUUUGGAAGACCGGCCUCGUCCCCGCUCCUCGCGGAUGAGGGCCAUUGCUUGAUUCUUUCAGGUCGGCCUCUGACUGCCGACACUAUCAUGUUAUGUUCGGCCUCUCGGCACGACAUAUUUAUCUUUUGAAGACCGGUUUCAUCCCCGCGCUGCGUGGAUGAGAGCCGUUGCUCGGAUAUAUCGGCCUGAUCUCGACACCAUUGUCAUCUCCUUAUCAGGAUCGACUGCUCAGCGACAUUAUGAUCAUUGUUUGUCGGCUCCCAAUGCCGACCCUCUUGAGUUUGCGAUCGGGCUCACGACUCCCCUCCAGGAGGGUGACCAUCGCCUUCGCAUGACGACCAGCUAUUCUAUCGCCUCGUCAUUAUAUUCGUUCGCUAUGCCACCACCAUUAUGUGUGACAUCCCGUGAUCCCUGCGAGUUUCUUGGAUACCGAAUGUCUUCUUCGAUGUAGGAAGAUCGGUAGGACCACGGACCAGGGACGGACAAAGAAGAGCUAGGGAAUCUCGAUGUAGAUAAACCUGUUCCUCCUUGCGAGUUUCGCGGAUACCGAACGUCUCUUCGAAGCAAGAGCGCCGGUAGGACCAAGAACCAAGGACGAACGAAGAAUAUAGAUUGCCUCCCUCAAACAAAAAAAAGAUGGGGAGAAGAGGAGGUGAGCUCCUAUGUGGAAGGGAAUCUUGCCUGGGUGUGCCAGAUCUCCUCCCACCGCCGAAGACGAACGCCUCUCGAUGUAGAGGUUAGUAGAGACGCGGAGGGGGCUAGACGAACCAAGGGAGCCUUGCCAAGAUAAACCUGUUCAUCCCACGAUGACCAUGGAUCGAUGGGCGUGGGAUAACAAAGCCGGGAACCCGUGAGGGUAAACCAGUUCGUCCCUGCGAGUUCCUUGGAUACCGAACGUCCUCUUCGAAGCAAGAGACGCCGGUAGGACUAAAAGGACCACGGACGAACGAAAAAGGGGGAAUCUCGAUGCAGAUAAACCUGUUCCUCCUUGCGAGUUUCGAGGAUACCGGACGUCUCUUCGAAGUAAGGACGCCGGUAGGACCAAGAACCAAGGACGAACGAAGACUAAAAGACUCAAAAAAAAAAGAUGCCAGAAGAGCACGGAGCAAAGAAUGAUUUUAUCCCUCGGCGCUAUUGGCCUGGAAGUACAAACUGAAAAACAUGUGUAAAGAAUAAUUACAAAACUUAAGUACGAAGAAUGAAGUGGCCGACGACGAUCGGCUAACAUCAGGCUUUCUUUUGCCUUGGACGACGAAUACCAGCUCCCCAGAUCAGACGGAGGGACAUCGCCCAGAUUUAUUUCAGGCUCACCAUUCCUUCCUGGAUGGAGUCCUGGCAGACGAUCGGCUUCUCACAGCCAAUCAGGAUAGAGACUUGACACAUCACCAGCACGGCCGAGGGCCGCGAGACGAUUACCACUAACGAUUUAUCACUAUUUUUAUGCAUCACGAUCGGCCCCUCAGCGCCAUCGUGUCCAGAUUCACGGUUCGGCUCGCCCAUUCCCUCCAGGAUGGCGACGACCGUCUUAUGCAGCACGAUCGGCUUCUCAGCGCCAUCGUGUCUCUUUCACGUUCGGAUCGCCCCAUUCCCUCCAGGAUGGCGACGAACGUCUUAUGCAGUGCGAUCGUCCCCUCAGCGCCAUCGUACCUGGCUUCACCGUUCGGAUUGCCCCAUUCCAUCCAGGAUGGCGACGAACGUCUUAUGCAGCACGAUCGGCUUCUCAGCGCCAUCGUGUCUCUUUCACGUUCGGAUCGCCCCAUUCCCUCCAGGAUGGCAACGAACGUCUUAUGCAGUGCGAUCGGCCCCUCAGCGCCAUCGUACCUGGCUUCACGGUUCGGCUCGACCAUUCCCUCCAGGAUGGCGACGACCGUCUUAUGUAGCACGAUCGGCUUCUCAGCGCCAUCGUGUCUCUUUCACGUUCGGAUCGCCCCAUUCCCAUCAGGAUGGCGACGACCGUCUUAUGUAGCACGAUCGGCUUCUCAGCGCCAUCGUGUCUCUUUCAUGUUCGGAUCGCCCCAUUCCCUCCAGGAUGGCGACGAACGUCUUAUGCAGUGCGAUCGGCCCCUCAGCGCCAUCGUACCUGGCUUCACGGUUCGGCUCGCCCAUUCCCUCCAGGAUGGCAACGACCGUCUUAUGUAGCACGAUCGGCUUCUCAGCGCCAUCGUGUCUCUUUCACGUUCGGAUCGCCCCAUUCCCUCCAGGAUGGCAACGAACGUCUUAUGCAGUGCGAUCGGCCCCUCAGCGCCAUCGUACCUGGCUUCAUGGUUCGGCUCGCCCAUUCCCUCCAGGAUGGCGACGACCGUCUUAUGUAGCACGAUCGGCUUCUCAGCGCCAUCGUGUCUCUUUCACGUUCGGAUCGCCCCAUUCCCUCCAGGAUGGCGACGAACGUCUUAUGCAGUGCGAUUGGUCCCUCAGCGCCAUUGUACCUGGCUUCACGGUUCGGCUCGCCCAUUCCCUCCAGGAUGGCGACGACCGUCUUAUGUAGCACGAUCGGCUUCUCAGCGCCAUCGUGUCUCUUUCACGUUCGGAUCGCCCCAUUCCCUCCAGGAUGGCGACAAACGUCCUAUGCAGUGCGAUCGGCCCCUCAGCGCCAUCGUACCUGGCUUCACGGUUCGGCUCGCCCAUCCCUUCCAGGAUGGCGACGAACGUCUCUUAUGCAGCACGAUCAGCGCCCCAGCGCCAUCGUGUCUGGCUCACGUUAGGGUCGCCCAUCCCUUUCAGGACGGCGACGAACGUCUCUUAUGCAGCACGAUCAGCACUUCAGCGCCAUCGUGUCUAGCUCACGUUAGGGUCGCCCAUCCCUUUCAGGAUGGCGACGAACGUCUCUUAUGCAGCACGAUCAGCGCCCUAGUGCCAUCGUGUCUGGCUCACGUUAGGGUUGCCCAUCCCUUCUAGGAUGGCGACGAACGUCUCUUAUGCAGCACGAUCAGCGCCCCAGCGCCAUCGUGUCUGGCUCACAUUAGGGUCGCCCAUCCCUUCCAGGAUGGCGACGAACGUCUCUUAUGCAGCACGAUCAGCGCCCCAGCGCCAUCGUGUCUGGCUCACGUUAGGGUUGCCCAUCCCUUCCAGGAUGGCGACGAACGUCUCUUAUGCAGCACGAUCAGCGCCCCAGCGCCAUCGUGUCUGGCUCACGUUAGGGUCGCCCAUCCCUUCCAGGAUGGCGACAAACGUCUCUUAUGCAGCACGAUCAGCGCCCCAGCGCCAUCGUGUCUGGCUCACGUUAGGGUCGCCCAUCCCUUCCAGGAUGGCGACGAACGUCUCUUAUGCAGCACGAUCAGCGCCCCAGCGCCAUCGUGUCUGGCUCACGUUAGGGUCGCCCAUCCCUUUCAGGAUGGCGACGAACGUCUCUUAUGUAGCACAAUUGGCCCCUCGGCGGCAUCAUGUCUAGUCCUUCUUCGGCUCCGCCCAUGCCAUCCCGGAUGGGGGACCCUUCUUGUGCAGCACGUCUGCCUCUCGGCGCUGACAUGCUCGAGUUCUCGUUGAGAGCUACCGCUCCUAUCACAUCUUGCAUUCCCUCUCUCAUACAUUGCACCCAUACAUUACAUGCAUUCAUGCAUUCAUGCAUCAUACCUCAUACAUUCAUACAGACACACGUGCAUCAUGUUUUGACAGUACCGCGACGUCGGUUUAUAGAUGCAUGGAGCUCUAAGCUUCUCCGAUUGGAAAGCUCGAGUCAGAGUGCUUUACUUCCGCCUGAUGCAUUCAGGCGGAGUGUGCCCGUGGAGGAGCACCCUUCGCCCGACCCUGUCGGGAAGGGGGGUGCCUCACUGGUGGAUUACGUUCAGGAGUGCAGACACUCACUCAUAUAUUAUGAUUAUGUGAAGACACAGUUUCCAGCAAGACAUAGGAAGAGCGCAGGCAGAGUAUAUUUUCUCGAGCAGAUUCGCACGCUCACUACUCAAGAAACUGGGGGACUUGUGUUGGGAUAUAUUAUCCCGGCCUAUUACUGUUCAGGAGCCCAAGACAUUAUCCAGUACGGAGCCCGAGCAACUAGGUCCAUUUCGGCCCAUUCUGGCCAUUAGGCCCGACAUCGGCCCGUUUGGCCCAUUAGGGUGGAGAGCACCCUUUCCCCUUUUGUCUAUAAAUAGGGAGCUUAGCCUCCAUGUAAAGGAUCCCUUUUCUUCUUCCUCCUUCUCACUAGAAUAGCUUAGAACCCCAUUCAUGGGAGCUUCAAUACUUGUACUAUGUAAUGGUGAGGAGAGACUAAUGAAAAUGAGAUGGCUUGGACAUUAGCCUAAAAAGUCCC